AUGGAUUUCCAAGUUGUCGUCCUCGCUGGCGGCACCUCCAGAGACCUCGCCCCGCUCGUUUCUAGGGUAAGUGUUCUCUUCUUCUCCGCGUCUGCCUCCCGUUCCAUGUUCUCUGCUUCUCAUUUUAAAACGUAACUUCUGGCUCCCUGGGAAAUACCAAGUCGAACCGUUGUCUUCAGGAAUUGCCGAAAGCGUUGCUGCCAGUUGCCGAACGCCCUGUCCUCUCUUAUGUUCUCGAUUUACUUGAAGACAGCAAUCUCAAGGACAUUAUCGUGGUGAGUUCUCUUCUCCUUUAGUUUGCAGUUAGGUUUUGUCUAGAUGGGACUAGGCAGUGCGAGCGUGAAGGAAUUUUCUGAUUAGCAUCCCUUAGCACAGGUUGUUGAGGAAGAGGAUCCAGAGGUUACUACCCGGAUAGGCAGCUGGGUCUCUAGUGCUUACGCCGACCGUCUCAAUGUAGAGGUCGGUGGAUUUUAUUUUUCUUUUCGGUAUUUAACAUAUAUUAUUUUAUUGGAAACGUCUGUGAGCAUUCCAUUCAUAAUCAAAAUGUUAAUUUUUUCUGGGCUGUCACACUUUCAGGUACUUCUUGACUGUUUUGACGAACAAAAUUUUAUUGAAAAUGAUAUAUUAAUUUUUCAAUUAUUUUUUCAUGAUACUUGGCCAGUAUAAAUGUUUAUCUUAUUAUGUAAACAUUGAAAACAAAUAUGGUAUCUAUAACUUGCAAUAAUUUGAUCCGCCAUGGAUACGAGGUGCCAUGGAUAUAUUUUCUUCAAAAUACUCCAAUGGCUAUUAAAGAUAAUAUUUUUUAUUAUUUUUUUAUGUUGCGAUCCAUUUCAACAUGGAAAGAAUGUAUGAAGUUUGCUUCCAAUCUGGAAGCUUAACUUUCUUCUGGGAACAAGCUUUAUUCUUGUUUCGUGGGCAUUAAUAUGCAUCGCAUUUGAAUGAUUUUGGUACUGAGAUCAUGCUUUUCUUUUACCAUUUUUUUUCUGAAUCCUGCUUACCUCGUCCUUUUUAUUUUCAGCUUCUCAAAAUUUUAGCUAAAAGUAGGCAGUGAAUUCAUCCUUAACCUCGUCCUUUUUAUAAUUUGCCUUUGUAAAUCUCCCCACAUUUCAGAAAUGAGCUUCAAGGUUCAUAUCUAUAUAACUAUUUUUCUUUUGUCCGGAUGAUUAGCAACAUUCACCUGUUUUACCUCUUAAUAGAGCUUAUAUCGAGAUGUGUUGUAAUUGGCACACAAGAAAAUUUGAGAAACUAAGAAGUAAAGUUUCAUGCCAGGCCUUUUUGUCUCAUUAUUCACCAUCAUGUUUCCCUAUUAAACUUCUAAUCCACUCUCACAUGCCUCCUCUAUUUGAUUUGAAGAGAUCGUUGGACAGGCUGGUGUGCACUAAGGAUCAAAUUCUGAUCAGAUAGAUUAUCAAAAAAAGAUAAAUAAAGGACAUGAAAACUAAAAGUCUGCCCGAACACAGGGGAAUCUAACUGAUCAUGAAUCAGAAUGGGAAUCUUUUCCUCUUUUAAUUUGUAAUGGAAUCUGAGCGAUCAUAAUCCCUCUGUGUUACAUCAAAUAUUUUCUUGGUGUCAAAGAAAAAACAAUGAAAAAGGGUGAAGGAUCUUUAAUCCAUUCUCUUUGGUAUCAUUAUAAACUUAUAUUUAAUAUUCGACUUGAAGAUUUUGCCAUUGAAAUGAAUUUCCAAUUGGCAUCAAAAUCUAACUGGAAGUCGGUUUUUCAUCUCUGAAUACAAAAUGUAAGAAUUUCUGAGUAGCAAGAUACAAGGUAAAAUCCAACUUUGAACAUCAAUCGGCCUAAAUAGCAAGAUGCAAGGUAAAUUUCUGAGUUAAUUUUUUUUAAAGUUCAUAAACUCUGGUUAUCAUAUUAAUGACCAACUUUUAAAGCAUCUAUUUCUGGAAUAAUAGUUGGUAGUCAUCCAUGAGAUGCGUUGCACGAAUGGCUCGGGUGUGUCCAGUCAACACAACAGUGGAUGCAGUUGGUCCUCUUGGAUCCUAAGAUGAGGAAUAUUUGGCCUGUUAUGAUUAUCACCUGGUUGACUUAAAAUGGUCAACUUCAGUGUUAAAUUCCUUUUCUGUUGACCGUGUGCAGCAUGCAUUUCCUUUUUUGUGAGUUGAUUGUUGAAUUCAAUGAUAAAGACUGAUUAUUUUUCUACUAUAGUUUUUAUAUUCUUAAAGAAUUUCUUGUCUCGUUGUAUUUUAGAAGAUUUUGCACAUGGGAUGGGUUCUAUAACCAUAUGUUAUGAAAUGCAGAAAGCAGGCCUCUUACUGUUGGAAACGUUUAUCUGACCACAAUUUCGUUCUUAUUCUUUGUUCAUGUGUGAUGAUGAUCAUUCUUCAACUUUGAGCUAACAUUCAAAUAUCUGGCUGAUAGUUUUACUCAGACUGUUUUAUGAUGAUUUACGGUUUUUGACAAGGCUUCGCUGCAGAGCUAUGCAUUACUGCUUUCAUUCGUUGCAUACUCAUACUGUAAAUAAGAAUGACAACGUUCAAAGGCUUUUUUGAAGCAAGCAUAAGCAUAUUUUAGCUAUGCAUCUAUUCAAACCUUAUUGCUGAAAUAUGUCUCGAUUAUUAGAUCAGAUAACAAACAUAUCUAUGUUUUCUAUGCAUACCAGGUUGCUACAGUUCCUGAGGGGGUCGGUACAGCAGGUGCUUUGCGAUCUGUGGCUCCCCACCUAAAUGCCAAUGACAUCUUGGUGAGAAUGUAAUUUUAUUUAAAAUUUUCAGGUGUACUAUAUUGGUAUUCGUUGUCUCUUACUCUGUUGAACUUACAUCCUGAUAUUUUGAAGGUUGUAAGUGGUGAUCUUGUUACUGACGUGCCUCCUGGGGCUGUUGCGGCUACCCAUAGGAGGCAUGAUGCAGUAGUAACUGCGCUGCUCUGUGCUGCUCCUGUUAGUGGACCUUCAGAAACAGGAGUUUCCAGUGGCAAGGACAAAGCUAAAAAGCCUGGUCGAUACAAUAUUGUAGGCCUUGAUUCCACAAGACAAUUCUUGCUGCAUGUAGCUUCAGGUUACGCAACUGAGUAUCUUAUGUUUAUAUAUCUCAUAUAUUGAUAUAUAUUUGUGCAUAUAGAUUGUUCUGUUUAUUAUUUUAGAGGAUAAACCAUCAAUUUGGACAACAGUUUCUGGACGAUCCCUUGCUUCAAACUCCCUGUACUAAGUGCUGCUGGGGGAGUUUAGUGGCUAUCCAGUGUACUUAUAUGAAUGUGAAUACAUUUUGAACAGGAUCAGAGGUCGAGAAAGAUAUCCGAGUUCAAAAGGGCAUGAUCAGGGCUGUGGGCCAGGUACAGCACAGUUUAUCAUUGGUGUUCACUGAUAAUGUAAUCAUAGAUCUCAUGCGAUCCUUGUGUAUCUUUCAAGCUUAAGUUUACUUCAACUAUUUCUUCUUUCCCUAGUUUGCUCGGCUGUACUAUUUCUGGGAUGUUUAGAUACAUCUCAAAUGACAUGGGCAGAACUAAAGUGAAACAGCUCACCAAAAAUCAAGGUAUUAUAAACCAUGAAAGAAACCAUGUUGAACUCUCUAGGAUUGUUUUUCCUUUCUAUCUGUUUCUUUGCACUUUUUUUUUUAGUCCUCUGUCAUUCCCUAUGUUAAGUGGAUUCAUUAGACUGUUAACGGAUCCACUUAAUGUCCAAUGUAAUGGUCCUGGCCCAUUAACCCAUGUAAUCCGUACUUAAGCGGGAAACCAAGAUAAUUGAUGUAAGAUUCUGGGAUUACGGAAACUCUGAUCCAAGAAGUGGUGACUGAUUCAUCUUCCUGGAAGAGGAGGAUCGUGAGGAUCAACUCCUUUCAUUCUCCAAGUUGCAAGAAUCUCAAUCAAGAUCAAUUCUCAACAAACCAGACCAAACUACAUCUGUUUGGAGAAAAGAAAACUUCCUCGGCUUUCUGGGAAUAUUCUGCUAUUUAUAAGCUCUAGAUUAUCUAGAGUUCAUAUCAGAAUUCAAGUUCGUUUUUUUUGUCCAGUACUGUGUUUGCAGAAACCAUGUAUAGUCCACAAAUGUUACAUUGGUCUUAUUGAUUGUGGUUUUCUUUUAUUAAAACUAUGUUGAUGCACCCGUAUCAAUAUGUAAUUCAUGCCAAGAUACUUUAGAAGUAGUGAAGAUUGAACAUCUGUAAUAAUUGUUUCCAAUUAAAUAAUUUGGACAGUAUGAAUUGAUUAUGACAGCUGGAAGGGUGAAUUAGGACUUAUUUACUAUAAUGUUAUUGUCACAUGAUUGGAAAUGAAACGAUGACAGCUGGGGAAACUUGUUGUCUGAGAACAUGAGGAAACUUGAAGAGACAUUUGGAAAAUUAAUUUCUAAAAGUUGAUCUUAUUAGUGGAUUUUUCGAGGAACCAAGGAGCAUGACUCUUAACAUCAAGAAUUCCGAAGAUGUCUGUUUAUGUUUAUAUGACACGCGUCUAUCUUCCCACUGCAGAUGGAAAUACGGGUUGAUCUGAUGGAUGCUCAUCUAUAUGCCUUCAAGAGGUUCAAUUUAUGUUACUUUUAGUCUUCAUGUUCUUCUCAGACAAGAAAAUGACGCAUAGGGUCACAAUGAGACCACUGUAAUCCCAGACUCUGUAACAAGUGUUCCUCAAUUCCAUUGUUAACCGAUGAUUCUGAUCAGGGUUGUUCUUCAAGAAGUUUUGGAGCAGAGAAGUGCCUUUGAGAGUAUUCAACGAGAUGUUUUGCCAUACCUUGUGAGAUCUCAGUUGGUAAGUCGGUUAUGCAAAUAUUAUCUGAGCUUUUUCGUCCUCUGGGAUGGCAGUGCCUAUUUUCUUUUCUAAUCGUUUUCUGACUGUCGAUGUUAGAGGUCAGAAGUGUUGGGAACAGGAGCACACCAAGAAGAAGAUGGUUGGCACAGCAAAACAUCUGCUGAAAAUAUUCUGACAUGGAUGUCUCAGCACCUGUCCAGUUCUUUCUCUGGCUUUCAAGAACAUCUUCCGGGUUCUAACAAUCCAAUUGCUGUUCCACGAACGCAUAAAUGUUGUGCCUAUAUUGCCAGCAAAAGCAAAUACUGUGUGCGACUAAAUUCUAUUCAAGCUUUCAGCGACAUUAAUCGAGAUGUAAGAAUUUGCAGAUCAGUCUACUUUCUUCAUAUGAUCUCAACGUUGAAAUGGGAAUUUUUUCCUAGGCUUUUCCGCCGAGUUUUUAUAGUAUUCCUUUGAAGCCUGACUUUUUUUUUUUUUUUUGUGUCUAUACAGCUGAUAGGAGAUGCUAGUCAUAUUUCAGGCUACUCAUUCUCAGCACAAAACAAUAUCAUUCAUCCAUCCGCAAAACAUGGAGUUAAAACAACGGUGAGCUGAUAUCUUCUUUUUUUAUCUUCUUUAUUCACUCGUAUAGAUGCUUCGUGAUCAGCAAUUUUGAGAAAAUUUCUUGAUUUCAUAUGCUGUUUAUACCGAAAUUGUUAUUACUCAUGUGCCUUCAUUCUCUCUGGCCUAAAGAGAGUUGGAUCAAAGUCAGAGACCAUACCAAAUUUAAUAACCCAUACAGUGAACAGACCUUUGUGAGAAGUGAAUGGAGGAGACAUUGAUCUGUUGAUUGAGCACCACAAACCGAUGUACUACCUCCGGUUUGAAGAAUCUUCGGAUCUUUUUCCUUUCCUCUCAAGUUUCCUUAUUGAUCUACUUCAUCGUUCCUUCUCCUUUCUUUGGUGGCGCAUUUGUUGUGCAUAUGAUCGUCUGUUCACCAUCCCAAUCUCAUCGCUCUCAUGCUAAUGCUUUAGAUCGGGCAAAAUUGCAUGAUAGCAGAGGGUUCACAACUGGGCGACAAGUGCAAUGUGAAGCGAUCUGUCGUAGGUCGUCACUGCAGGAUCGGCUCAAAUGUGAAGGUAGAGGAGAAAUCCACAUCACCGAUAUCUCCUUGUCUCAUAAUCAUCAUAAUCUGUGUGUUAAUUCAUAGAACACUGAACAAGGAUAUGAACAGCCCCCACAUCAUCGCCACUUGUCAACGGUAAACAUUCAGAACUUAUGACUUUGGGUCGUCCUGCAGAUCUUGAACUCGGUUGUGAUGAACCAUGCGAGCAUCGAGGACGGAUGCACAGUCCAAGGCUCUGUAAUCUGCAGCAACGUGCAGCUACAGGAGGGUUGUGUUCUACGGGACUGCCAGGUCAAACCUAUAAAUUUUCAGAAUCUUUUUGUGGGGUAGAAUCGAAAUUUUUGAAUUGUUGAUCUGAUGCUCCUCCCCACUCGUUCUGCUGUCAGGUCGGAGCAGGUUAUGUGGUCAGCGCCGGAAGUGAGCACAGGGGUGAGUCAUUGGCUAAGAAGUAG